CGACCUGCCGAAUUUCCCUGGGCUUCGAGAAGCGAGGGAAGCACCCCAAACAAGGCUCGGAGCUUCCACCCCAGUGCAGCCUUCCCCUGGCGGUGGUGAAAGAGACUCGGGAGUCGCUGCUUCCCAAGUGCCCGCCGUGAGUGAGCUCUCGCCCCAGUCAGCCAAAUGCUCCUCUUCGGGCUUUUCCUGCUGAUGUCUGCCCUGGCCGGCCAGAGACACGGGACUCAGGCUGAGUCUAACCUGAGUAGUAAAUUCCAGUUCUCCAGCAACAAGGAACAGAACGGAGUACAAGAUCCCCAGCAUGAGAGAGUUAUUACUGUGUCUACUAACGGAAGUAUUCACAGCCCAAAGUUUCCUCAUACUUAUCCAAGAAAUAUGGUCUUGGUAUGGAGAUUAGUAGCAGUAGAGGAAAAUGUAUGGAUACAACUUACAUUUGAUGAAAGAUUUGGGCUUGAAGAACCAGAAGAUGACAUAUGCAAGUAUGAUUUUGUAGAAGUUGAGGAUCCCAGUGAUGGAACAGUAUUAGGGCGCUGGUGUGGUUCUGGGACUGUGCCAGGAAAACAGAUUUCUAAAGGAAAUCAAAUCAGGAUAAGAUUUGUAUCUGAUGAAUAUUUUCCUUCUGAACCAGGAUUCUGCAUCCACUACAACAUUGUCAUACCACAAUUCACAGAAGCUGUGAGUCCUUCAGUGUUACCCCCUUCAGCUUUGCCACUGGACCAGCUUAAUAACGCUGUCACUGCCUUUAGUACCUUGGAAGAUCUUAUUCGGUAUCUUGAACCAGAUAGAUGGCAGUUGGACUUAGAAGAUCUAUAUAGGCCAGGUUGGCAACUUCUUGGCAAGGCUUUUGUUUUUGGAAGAAAAUCCAGAGUGGUGGAUCUGAACCUUCUGAAAGAGGAGGUAAGAUUGUACAGCUGCACACCUCGUAACUUCUCGGUGUCCAUAAGGGAAGAACUAAAGAGAACCGAUACUAUUUUCUGGCCAGGUUGUCUCCUGGUGAAACGCUGUGGUGGAAACUGUGCCUGUUGUCUCCACAAUUGCAAUGAGUGUCAGUGUGUCCCAAGCAAAGUCACUAAGAAAUAUCAUGAGGUCCUUCAGUUGAGACCAAAGAUCGGUGUCCGGGGAUUGCAUAAAUCUCUCACCGACGUGGCCCUGGAGCACCAUGAGGAGUGUGACUGUGUGUGCCGAGGGAACGCGGGAGGAUAACGCAUCCCCACACGCAGGCUUCCCCCAGAACAGUCCGGCUCAGCGGCUGCUUCUGUCAGAGAAUUGAUGCGCUAUCGCCAUCCGUAAUCUCAGUUGUUUGCUUCAGGGACCUUUCAUCCUUCAGGAUUUACAGUGUGUUCUUAAAGAGGAGACACCAACCGGAAUUAGGAGUUGUGCAACAGCUCUCUUGAGAGGACGCCCAGAUGACAGGAGAAAAGGUCUCCGGGCGUGGAAAAAAUAUUAAAUGUUUUAGAUCACUAGCUAGUUACAGAGUUACCAUGCACUUACUCAGCUGGCUGUGUUCUAUAUUUCAGUUGUCUUGAUAUGACUUAGGUUAAUGUCAGUACAGGAAAAAAAAAAAAAAUGUGUGCAAAUGAGCACCUGAUUCUAUUGCCUUGCUUAUUAACUCUCCAGCUCCAUGUUCUGGGCCUAAAAUCACAGAAAUCUGGAAUUUUUUUCCUUAUACUCACAUAUAUAAACAAGAGUGUUCUAUGGUCUACAAACCUGGUUUAAAAAAAAAGAAACGAUGUUGCUAUAAAUCAAACUUGUGUCACGCUGAUAGGAAAGACUGGAUUUUCCAUAUUUCUUAUAAAAAUUUCUACCAUUUAGAAGACAAGAACUACAUUCAGGGUUUGGAAGAGACAAACCUGAAAAGAAGAGUGGCCUUAUCUUCGCUUUAUAAGUUGGUUUAUGUGUUUUAUUGUGUACAUUUUUAUAUUCUCCUUUUGACAUUAUAACUGUUUGCUUUUCUAAUCUUGUUAAAUAUAUCUAUUUUUACCAAAGGUAUUUAAUAUUCUUUUUUAUGACAACCUAGAUCAACUAUUUUUAGCUUGGCAAAUUUUUCUACACAGAAUUGUUAUAACCAGAGGAACAAAGAUGAUAUAAAAUAUUGUUGCUCUGACAAAAAUACACACAUUUCAUUCUUGUAUGGUGCUAGAGCUUAGAUUAAUCUGCAUUUUAAAAUAUUGAAGUGGGAAAUAAAUAGAAUUUGGUGAGUUGCAAAGGCUUUUGAAAAUAAGUAAGUUAUCAUAUCCUCCAGUCCUAUUAUUGAAGAUGCAAAUAAAAAGUGACGAAUGAGAACAGGCAUUCAGAUCCAGUCAUUACUAACCCCUCACCCUUAUUGUGGGAAAUGUGAGCCUAGCUCAGAAGAACAUGAAGCACCUUGAGAAAAGAGACUUGACAGCUCCCUGACAAAGUGUGCUCUGCUGUCCUGUAGGAACACAUCCUAUUUAUUGCGAUGUUCUGGUUUUAUUAUCUUCAAACUCUGUUCCACACACUUGUAUAAAUACAUGGAUAUUUUAAUGUACAGAAGCGUAUCCUUUAACCAAUUCACUUAUUGUACUCUUUGGCAAUUGAAAAGAAAAUCAGUAAAAUACUUUGCUUGUAAAAUGCUUAAUAUUGUGCCUAGGUUAUGUGGUGGCUAUUUGAAUUAAAAAUGUAUUAAAUCACCAAAUAAAAGAAUGACGCUAUUUUGGGGAGAAA